AAAGCUUGUGCUUGUAUUGUAUUUGUUGGGUUAUUCCCGAUAGCGAGCCUCGAAGGAGCAGGUUGCUUUAAUCCUCUCCAUUACUACAAGCUCUUGCGUCAAACCGGCGGGACUCUGUCAACCUGUUCUGGCGCUUGGGCUGUAUGUAACCAGCGACAGGCCCCGCCUUUUCGACUCGCGGCGGAUGGCACGGAGUUGAGCAAGCGCCACAAAAGCCCUCGUCGUCGUCGCCGCGGUUCUCCUGUUUUCACCAGCCGCUGAGCCAAUUGCGCCUUUCUCUUCCGCCGCUGCUGCUAUUACUGCUGCUGCCGCCGCCAUGGCCUCAGGGACCAAGCCUCUGCUAGGGCACGUCUGCGUAGUGACCGGCGCCUCGCGGGGCAUCGGGAAAGGCGUCGCGCUGCAGCUGUCGGAAGCGGGCGCCACCGUCUAUAUUACGGCCCGAAACCGGGAAACUCUGGAGCAAGCGGCGGCGGAGGUGCAAAGCCGGGGCGGCAAGUGCGUGCCGGUGGUGUGCGACUCUACUCGAGAGGAAGACGUGGCUGCGUUGUUCCAGCGCGUCCGACAGGAACAAGCCGGCCGCCUGGAUGUUUUGGUCAACAGCGCUUUCUCCGCAGUGACCACCCUCUCCAAAGAGAUCGGUGUGCCGUUCUGGGAAACCGAGCCGUCCCUCUGGGACACAGUCAACAACGCCGGCCUGAGAGGCAAUUAUUUCUGCGCGGUGCAUGCCGCCCGACUCAUGGUGCCCGCCGGGCGCGGGCUCAUUGUCAUCAUCUCCUCGCCCGGUGGGCUGCGGUACAUGUUCGACGUCCCGUACGGGGUGGGAAAAGCUGCCUGCGACCGCCUGGCGGCUGACUGUGGCGUCGAGCUGCGCCCUUUCGGUGUGGCCUGCGUGUCCCUUUGGCCCGGGCUCGUUCGCACUGAACUGGUCGUGGAGCAAGCGGAGGAUGUCAAGAAACUAUUCAAGAACCUGUCGGAGCGGUUGGCCAAUAAGGCAGAGUCUCCCGAAGUGAGCGGGAAAUGCGUGGUGGCCUUGGCAUCGGAUCCGCACGUCAUGAGGCACAGCGGCAAAGUGGUCCUCAGUCCAGAUCUUGCCCGCCUCUACCGAUUUAAGGACGUGGAUGGGCGAGACGUCUAUAAUUAUAUUUCGGUUCGGGAAAUCCUUACCGAAUUGAUGCCCAAGCUGUCUUCCCUUUUCUGGUUCAUUCCCCGCUUUAUCACUUUCCCUAAGUGGGCCCUUGCUCUUUAUUCCAGCAAGUUUGCUAUUUACCCUCCCAUUCAGCCUGCGGAUUUUAAACCAGUUAAAAAAGAGUGAUUCGUGUGGGCCUUAGGAGCAUGUUUGGCUACAGGAUCAAGCUUUUGUGGGGGGGAAAUGAUUGUUUUGGUGGGUCCUUCUCAGACUGGUAAAUUAAAAAUCUGGAAGAGUGAGUUUUUGCAGGAAGCGGGUUUACCCUUCUAAAAACUCUUUUGAAGAAUUGCUUGAAGAUUUCUCUCUGAAAUGAAAGCUUUAGGAGAUCAUUUCUUACUCUCUGCUUCAAUGUUUUUGAGACAGCACUAGCUGCUGUUACUUAAUAUUUCUGUACUAUCUAAAAUGCAAGGUUUGGGGUUUAUCAAUGAAUCAUUUACAUACCGGUACUUGAAAGUGAUCCGAACUACUUGCAACUAAGAAUACUGUAGUUAAAAGAUGUCAAAAUAUCUGGGAAAAAUGCUUUUUUGUUUUGCUUUUACCAAUGUUGAGCACAUUUAUAUACCCUGCCAGAGUCUGUUUGUAUCCUAGUCUUCAUUUCCAUAAAAAUAAUUGUCAAUAUGAAAUGCACGUGAUAUUAUGAAAAUUACUUAAAACAAAAAUCAAAACUUGGGGGGUGGGGAAGGGCUCCUCUCAUCCCUUCCAUUCAGUUUUGUCAGAUUCUUGGAGACUGUUGAAGUCCCAAGGUAAAGCUUGGGGGAGGAAAUCCUUUUAUCUGUAUCUUUUUCAGCCUUCAAAAGAUUCCAAAAUUCUGUUCAUUCCAAAGUCAAAUAUUAGCAGAAUUAGUCCUGAUGAAAGAAAAUCCCUUAAAGACAGUAACUAUAUUAAACCAUACAGGGAACUCAAAUCAGCAAAUAUUAGCAAAUGUAAUCAGAGCGAUAUCAGAACAAAGUUUACUAAAAACAAUUAUGAAACAGAUAAGGGGGUAUAAAACAAAGUCCUGAAUAAGGAGGCGAGGGGGUAUAAGAAACUCUCACUUUGCUGUAUCUGUAUAAUUCCCAAAGCAACAAGCUUGUUCUUUUCAUAAACAAACCAUUGUUUGUUCCUAAAAGUUCUGAGGAAGCUGAUGUGAUCCUUCUCAUAAAGUGUGUGCUUACUUGCUAAGUUUUGUAUUCGGUUGACAACACCGUGUGGUGGCCACAAAUCAAUAAAACUUUAAAAGCACUA